UAUUAAUAUCAAUGUUAACAUAGUUUCCCUCCUCCUCAGCUUCUCUCCGUCUAUUUUGUUUCUGUCGUUUUGUUUCCUUCAACAAAAAUGAUUACUUUCUUUCAUUUUCAGUUAUUUUAUUAAUUACAAAACAUUCCUCAAAAAUAACGAAUUCAGCUGACAAACAGAACACAACAUUCUCUUUCUUUUUUGGGUUCCUCAGUUAGACCCUGUUUGUUUUUCUGUUAUAAUAAUAAGAAAAGGAAAACGAUCAGACAUUUCCAGAUUCAAAACCUUGGCAACUGAUCUUCUCUCUCUUUUGAAACCGCACCAGGUUAAGUUCAUUCCAUCUAGAAGUGUGAAGCUGUCAACUCGUUUGUAUAUCAUUGUAAUUGAGAAGAUAGAAGGGAUCCAAUUUUAUACGAAUGACCAGAAGCUGAUAGGCUCAUAUAUUGCAUUUACUAGAGAAUAUAACUGCAGUUGCAACAAAUAUCAUCCAAGUUUGUGAACAUAAUUUUUUGCCUGUGGGGGUUGUAUUGGGUGAACACUACUAAUUAGUUCAGUUAAUGCGGGAGAUUGCUUGUCAGCUCUUUGGAUCUUUCUCUAGAAGCAACUCAGAGUAGUUCAUAUUGCCACGGGGAAGUUCAUUUCAUUUUGAGGCAACCAAAAAAUUGCCACUUUGAUGAGCGAGUGGACCAGCUAUUGCUUGCUGGGUUUCAUCUUGUAUAUUAGUGAUUUUGGAAUCAGAAGAUUUGGACUAUAAUGCGGCUCCCCAUCCGCAGCAGUGUAUAUGCAAGAAAACCUAGUGAGACAAUGAGGCUAUUCAUGACAACUUUUGUUGGAAUUAUUUUUGGCUUCUUUUUAGGAAUAUCCUUUCCAACACUCUCACUAUCUAAGAUGAAUCUUCCAUCCAGUCUAUUUCCUUCCAUUGAUCUGACAUAUAUUGAGGACAAAUACUCUGGUCUUUCAACCGAAGCACUGUUCAAUGCUUGGUCUUCUCUAAAGGGUAAUAAAGGCAGCACUCAACUUCACACAUAUAAUGAAACAAAGAUCUGGGUUCCAACAAAUCCGCGGGGAACUGAGAGACUGCCUCCUGGUAUAAUAGCAUCUGAGUCGGAUUUCUAUCUCCGCCGGUUGUGGGGACUGCCUGAGGAGGACUUGUCUGUCAAAGCUAAGUAUCUUGUGACUUUUACUGUUGGCUUUAAUCAGAAAAACAAUAUUGAUGCUGCAGUUAAAAAGUUCUCAGAGAAUUUCACAAUUGUAUUGUUUCACUAUGAUGGACGGACAACUGAAUGGGAUGAGUUUGAGUGGUCAAAGCGAGCUAUCCACGUCAGUGUUGCCAAGCAAACUAAGUGGUGGUACGCGAAACGUUUUCUACAUCCUGACAUUGUUGCACCCUAUGAAUAUAUAUUCAUGUGGGAUGAGGAUCUUGGGGUUGAGCAUUUUGAUGCAGAGGAAUACAUUAAACUGGUAAAGAAACAUGGUUUGGAAAUUUCACAGCCUGGUUUAGAUCCAGAUAGAGGGACAACAUGGGCAAUGACAAAGAGGAGAGAUGACUCUGAAGUUCACAAGUAUACUGAGGAAAAGCCUGGUUGGUGUACUGACCCACACUUGCCACCUUGUGCAGCAUUUGUUGAGAUCAUGGCAACCGUGUUUUCACGUGAUGCCUGGCGAUGUGUUUGGCAUAUGAUUCAGAAUGACUUGGUUCAUGGGUGGGGUUUAGAUUUUUCUAUGAGGAAAUGUAUUGAGCCUGCUCAUGAGAAAAUAGGAGUUGUAGAUGCUCAGUGGAUUGUCCAUCAAGGCGUUCCAUCACUUGGAAGCCAGGGAAAAGCAGAGAGCGGGAGGGCACCGUGGGAAGGGGUGAGGGAGAGGUGUCGAAAAGAGUGGACAAUGUUUCAAGACCGAAUGACUAAUGCGGAGAAGGCCUAUUUUGAGGCAAUGGGAAUUCAUCCUCCCAAUUCAACAACUCGUUAGAGGGACGGGCAGCAAUAUAAAAUAACAUCUAAUAUAAUUAUAUAAGUGACCUCUAUAAUAUCUCCUGAAUCUGGAUGGUUUAUUGAGGAUAUGAUAUUCCUGGUUUUUCCUAUUAUAUUGAUUCUUUCACAGCAA